AUGAAGCCAAUCCUGAAACAGAAGGAAGUCUUAGUGGAUACCUUACUUUUUACGGCUUCGGCUGAUAUAAAACUGAUAUCGUUAGCUAAAGACACUGGAGGCCUAUCGUUCUUUGAAUCAGGAAAUGCUUUAUCUACGUCUUUAACGGAUUCCUUGUCUAAGACCAUUUCUCAGAGAAACAGCGGCCAGAAAGAUGUUCUAGUCCAGAUAUUGUCAGAAUCGUUUACAGUUGCCGGUGGAGGUGGCUCUUUUCAAGGUUCCAUAUAUAUUGACAGUACUAUUGGAAACAACACACGGUUUUUAUUCACAUGGAGCACUGGUUCGAUCACUGUGACACUUACAGCACCUGACAAUGUGACCAUAACGCAGGACAGUGUGUCUGGAGUACUGAGUAUUGAUAUUAACGGCACUACGCAGGUCGGGAAAUGGCUCUAUACUGUCACCAGCUCGGGUUCCGGAAACGCAGUAGUCCAGGUGCAGGUCUCGUCACGCCCCUCUUCAAACGCCGCACCCAUUGUACUGAGUGCCAGUGUGAGCAGUGAUACCGUGGAUAUUGCAGAUCCCAGUUUGUCCCGCAUUGCCAUAUACGGAGAGGUUAGUCAAGGCUACACACCGGUAGUUGGCGCCACUGUGAUGGCUUAUGUUGACACAAGUAGUGGGAGUACCCAAAUACCACUACUUGAUAACGGGGCAGGCGCGGAUAAUACCAAGAACGAUGGCAUCUACUCGGCAUAUUUCCUGAAAUUUGAAGGCAACGUGGAGCAUUCUGUUCGAGUUGUAGUGAAAGGCGAAGAAGGUGUUUCAGUUAAGUCUGUAGUUGGUGGACAAAUGUUACCAAUCAUUACCAACACAACUGCAGCAAAUGCAGCGAAGCUGGAGGUUGUGUACACACCAAUAGAACCAUUCGAGCGUUCCGACAGCGGUGGUUUAUUCACCGUUAAGAAUUUUCCAACUUCGACGCCUGGUUCAGAACCACCUGACCUGUACCCUCCUGGCAGAAUCUACGACCUGGCGAUGGUAGCAGUUAACACUGAUGACAAAACUGUUACACUAUCCUGGACAGCGACUGGUGAUGAUCUGGACCAAGGAAAUGCAUCGAGUUACAUUAUUCGCUACAGCACCUCAGUCUCACAACUCCGACUUAACUUCAAUAACACCUAUAAACUCCUUGACAAAGAUCUUAUCCAGGGGAAACUUGAUGCACCCUUGCCAGCAGGCGCAAGAGAAAUUUUUCGCGUCCAAUUCAACCAAACAGUCAAUUCCAACAUCACGUAUUUCAUUGCGCUUUUGGCCUCAGAUGACAAAAAUCAGAUAGGACAAGUGUCGAAUAUCGUCUCGGUAUCUUUUGUCUACAGUUAUCCGUUACCUCCAACAGAGCCAGUAACAAGUACGGCAGCAACCACUAAAGCAGCAACCACAACAGCUGUGUACACGACCCAACCUAAUACAACACCUUUGUAUACCACGACAACCAGCGCAUCACCAACAAACACGGACAGUUCCAGGGUCUCUUCCGUUCAACAAAUCGCCAUCGGUAGUGCUUCAGCGGCUGUGGCUCUGCUGAUUAUUGUGGUGAUAGCAGCUGCUUUCAUAGUCUGGCCUGACAUAAAGAAACCUAAAGGUGGCCACUUCCCUAAUCCUCGUGAUGAUGGAGUUCAAGAUCGCCACAACAUCCACGGCUCUCAUCCAGUUAAUCCUUACGAAUUCCGAAAUUACUGGCAUCUCCCACACGAGGACAAAACAAAACAGCCCUAUGUUCAUCAAGCCAAGCAAGACAAAGUUAAGUCAGACUUCGGCUCUGCUCUUGCCUCUUACCCUCAACCAAAUAGAUCAGGAUACCCCUUUCCGGAUGGCCCAAAGAGAAUCGUGUCGAAUGACUAUACGCCAGGCCAAUUUAAGGAGGAUGUCAAGCAAACUGAAGUGCCUCGCCAGCAUGGCUAUUACAACUUCAGAAACGAUCCUGAGCUGUGGAACCAAAACGUAUCAACAAUGGCCAAAGGGAAUACAUACGUCAACCUUGCAGUGGAUCAAACACGUCCUCCUUAUUCCCUAUCAAUGGAUGCUACAGAACAUGGUACGCCUGGCGUAAGACGUUCUGGGGAAUAUAACAGAUAUGCCCCAGUGGAACAGGCUGGAAUUGCGUCAGAAUCGAAGCCUUACUGGAAGGCUGACUACCAAGAUGGAUGGAACAGGAACCCCCAACACCCAGAACGGAAAAAGGCUACACUGAACCUCGGUGCAGCUACGGCGAUGAUACCAGGAUACGAAGAAAAUAUUUAUACAACCAAUAAUCUAAGGCGUACGAACCUGCAACCUACCCCUCAUAACGCCUCUUCCUUCGUUAACAUAGUGGAACCCCUGCACAGUGGUUUCAGUAACCAGAAUUACCAACCGACUGGAUACACGCCAGGCGUGUCGCAAUAUGGAAACGGGGACUCGCAAGACUGGAGGGGUGUUAGAGAACCGCAGGCUUCUACUAGUACUCGAAAUAACGCUCCACCAAUCGUUGAUCGGACAACAAAACCACGCAUGGUGGUUCCUCAAGUGACCCUCAAGAUGCCCCUAACACACCUGACUGGAAGGAACUAUCCAUAUAUGGAAGAAAAUGAAGCACCAUGGUACAGUAUUUAUAAGUAAUCUCUAUUUUACGAGCUCGUCAAAAGGUCUGUUUAACAUCGAAUUCGAGUAAGCCUAAUGGACAUGCCUGAUGUCUGAAGCAAGAAAACGGCAUAAACUGUAAAGUAGCUUUGAUAACAAAUAGUAGACCGAGCAGCCAUAUAUAUUAUCUAUAAAUGUUAUAGUAUUGGACAAAAAGUUGUAUUAACGAAGUUAAUUUUGAUGCAAAAUCAGUAUGUUUUGCCUUUUCUAGAGUUCAUUUUAUUUUUAUGUUAGUUCAAGUAGUGGAUAAAAAUAGUUUUGCGGAAAUGUAUUCCGGAUACAAGUAUCAUGUGUUUGGAGAGCUAAGAUAAUGAUCACGUGAUACUAUUUAUAUCAUGAAGUACAUACAACGUAUGUGGUAUUCUGUUUUAGUUUAUUGUGUUUAUUGUCAUGUUACUACAGUAUGCUAACUCGUGACUCCACAGAAGACAGAUGUGUUAACACAAAACAUACAUUUUAUUUCGUAUUCAUUUAUUAUUAACACAUAUGUGUAACAUGAUUGAAAUGGCUGAAAAGUUAAACUGAUUCACAAUCACAGAAAUCAUGGCAUAUAAUAGUUGGAAAAUGGCUUAUCGUUAUUUUUACAAAAUUGAGAGCAUGGAGAAGAAAAUGUAAGAAUUGGAUACACAUAUCGUAUUCCCCAGUUCUAUUUGGUUACCAUAUAUUGGACAAUAUAUCCCAGGAACCCAACUAACUAAUAUUAAUGUUAUUUACUUUUUGGGGCUUUAAUUUGCAUAUCUCAUGCAAAUGAGAAUAUUAAGUUAACUACUGUAAAGUACAGUAUAUAUGCUUCUUGAGCAUACGCCUACAACAGAAGAAAAAAUCUACACAUAUACACAAAAUUGGACAAUUUAUUGAGGCUAGAUUAAAUAUCAUAAUCACAGUAACGACGGACCUUAUUAUCAAUACAUACUUGUGAAUACGUAGGGAAUACAUGCUAUGCACUUUAUAAAUUAAUUAGUGAUAAAUAUAUGCAUAGAUGUAAAUGUGUGCAUUAAUGUAGCCUAUAGAACAAUUUGCCUGACAGUUAGCAAUUCACUCACCGUUUGAAUGGUAUACGACUGAAUUAUUCCAGAUUUGAAGAAAGAAGAGUUUCCAAUAAAAUAUAUGCUUUCCAGAUCUGUAUCACAGUGUCAUUGCGUUUGUAUAGUAAAAAUGCAUAUUGUUUUGCCCAUAUGAGAAGUAACGCGAAUCCUGAACCCGAAUGUUCAACGAAAAUAUAUUUCUUGGCAGGACAGGUUUAGUGUUUCUCUGGAGGAAAUACAGAUG